ACCAAACACAGACUUCAUCUUACUUCAAUAAUAGUAGUCACUGGUUCAAACGAUUUUCUCUUCGGAUUUUCUGUUUUUCCCAAACAUACCCCUCGAAACGCUUUAAAACUUUCCUCUUCUUUCUUAGGUUUUUCCUUCAUUUCUCACUUUCUUUUUUUCCUCUAGUAUCUGUUUCUUAUUUGUUCGGUUAAAAAUUGACCGUAACUUAUAAUAAGUAGCUAAUUUUGCUGAUUUUUAUUUUUGUUAGUUUAAUUUUAUUGUUGGUGUUUAAAAGAUCUGGGAAAAUUAGGGUUCUGAAUUUGGUACUCAGAGAAUGCAGAGGCAAACUAGGUAUAUGGAGAGGACUAAUAGUAUCGCUAGAGGGAAGAGGAGUUUGGAAGGAGAUGAGGAGCAGCAGCCCGAGCGAAAACGACCUGCUUUAGCCAGUGUAAUUGUAGAAGCUCUUAAGGUGGAUAGCCUGCAGAAGCUUUGCUCAUCUUUGGAACCCAUUCUUCGUAGAGUUGUAAGCGAAGAGGUGGAAAGAGCUUUGGCAAAAUUAGGCCCUCCUCGACUUAAUGGAAGGUCUUCUCCAAAACGAAUUGAAGGUCCAGAUGGACGGAGCUUGCAGCUCCACUUCAGGUCCAGGUUGUCCCUUCCUCUUUUCACAGGAGGAAAGGUAGAAGGGGAGCAGGGUGCUGCCAUUCAUAUUGUUCUAGUUGACGCUAACAUUGGACAUGUUGUAACAACUGGACCUGAAGCCUCUGUAAAGCUAGAUGUUGUUGUGCUUGAAGGCGAUUUCAACAACGAGGAUGAUGAAGAUUGGACACAAGAAGAAUUCGAGAGCCAUGUGGUAAAAGAACGUGAAGGAAAAAGACCACUGUUGACUGGUGACUUGCAAGUGACCCUCAAAGAGGGGGUAGGGACACUAGGAGAGCUCACUUUUACCGACAAUUCAAGUUGGAUAAGAAGCAGGAAAUUCAGGCUAGGCUUGAAGGUCGCUUCCGGAUAUUGUGAUGGUAUACGUGUACGUGAAGCAAAGACGGAGGCUUUUACUGUCAAGGAUCACAGAGGGGAAUUGUACAAGAAGCACUAUCCACCUGCAUUGCAUGAUGAUGUGUGGAGAUUGGAAAAGAUCGGAAAAGAUGGGUCAUUCCACAAGAGGCUUAACUCUGCAGGAAUAUUCACAGUUGAAGACUUUUUGCGGCUUGUGGUCAGGGAUCAACAAAAGUUACGAAAUAUUCUUGGAAGUGGCAUGUCAAAUAAGAUGUGGGAAGCUCUAUUAGAACACGCAAAGACUUGUGUGCUGAGUGGGAAGCUUUAUGUUUAUUAUACUGAUGAUUCAAGGAGUGUUGGUGUUGUCUUCAACAACAUCUAUGAGUUGAAUGGCCUCAUUACUGGGGAACAGUAUGUACCUGCUGAUUCUCUAUCUGAUAGUCAAAAGGUCUAUGUAGAUACAUUGGUGAAGAAAGCCUAUGACAAUUGGAAUCAAGUCAUAGAGUAUGAUGGCAAGUCACUGUUGAACUUCAGGCAAAAUAGGAGGUCAAGUGCCCGAAAUGAACUUCAGAUGGGUGCGAUAGAUUACCCUAAUGCUUUAGAUCAACAACUGCAGUUACCACGGUUGCCGGUUUCAGUUCCUACUGAGCAAGUGCAUUCAGGCCUACAGGUUGGAGGUAAGCAUUGGGUAAACUUUUAGUUUUUAAGGAAAUUU